ACCAGAGCCCUCCCUUCACUUCAUCGUUAGGUAGAUCUAGAUUGUUUUGAGAGAUGAGUUGAGCUGAACGCUUUGAUAGCUAACAGUUGGCUAGCUUUUACUGUCAAAGUUCUCGCAGCUGUAGACAGUCUCCAAAAUGUCGAGGCUACAGAACUUGCACGGAGAGAAAUUGAGAUACAGCUGUUAGAUGUAUUGAUCGGAACCUUAUCUAUCAGGCAACUGUUGGGACAGGAUGCCAGAGAUGACUGAAACGCAGACACCUGGUCGUAAACCCAAGAAAAAGAAAAACAAAGAAUCUCAUAAUGCAGUUGAGAGGCACCGAAAAGAGAAGAUUAAUGCUGGGAUUAACCGUAUUGGUAAUCUUCUCCCCUGUUCCCAGGCACUGAAACAGAGUAAGAACAUGAUCUUGGAGCAAGCAUUUCGCUACAUCACUGAACUAAAGAAACAGAAUGAUUCAAUGCUACUGGAAGGAGGGGAUAGAGUCCAAGCGGAGGAGAUCCGUCGGUUGCGUCGUCAGUUAGAGGAACAGAGGAAAGAGAGUGCUCACUACAUUGAGCUUCUCAAAGCCCAUGACAUAAACCUCUUAGAAGACCCUACUGUGCACUGGAAGGGCAAACAGCGCUGUGCCAAGGUUGCAAAGGUGACUCCCACCCACCAACUACCGAAGGGGAUUGUUGUCUAUUCCAAUGGCAAUGUGACUUGCCCUGCAGGGAAGGAGACUAGCCCAGGCAAACCGCCUUCGGAAACAUUAAUUCUUCAGCAACCAUCAGAGGUUGGUGGCAGAUUAAGGGUUAAUGGUACCCUGUUGCAAGUUAAUACCUCUUCUUCAACUCCUGCACUUCUCCCUGGGUCAGUCGUCACACCAACCCAGUCUACGCCUAGCCUGAGAGUGGUGGAGCAGUGUGUUUUGGAGACACCAUCUCCGGCCCCAGCUCUGCCACCCUCCGUGUCUUACAUCACCCUUCAAAUUCCUACAGAUGCAACUGCCCUUACCCAGCAACCACAGACUGCUGCCCCAGCCAACUCGCUGGCAAUAGCAGCCACUUCAGCCUCACAAGUCCCAGCUGAAAGCUCUGUUCCACCUGUGUCUAAUCUAGACACAUUCACCCAAAGUGUAACCACAACAGCAGCCUCCGACACUUGCUCUAGGGUGACACAGGAAACCUCCAUAAGGACUUUAAGUUACACAACUAACACAGAUAACCAGGCGCUUCUUGGAUGUGGAGCAGCAGGCAGCACCCAGACUACAUGGACAACACUGCAAAUGGCAGGAAACACGGUGCAGCCAGUGUGCCAGAGCCUUCCAACUGCAGACGUUAGCAACAGUCUGCAGGCUGUUCAGCGGGUGACUGUGUGUCCAGCCAAAACGUCUGUUCAGCCUAUUCAAAUACAGAUGCAACCACACGUGCCUGUACAGCAAGCACCCAUCACAACUCACAUUCAAGCAAAACCCUUUCAAAGAUCACCUCAGCUACAGCCAGCAAUCCUUAGCCAGGUACAGACUCAGCCUGUCUUAGCCCCGCAGGCUCAAUGUGCUGUUCUCCCCCAGUCAGCCGUCAUGCCCCAGCCAGCUGCCGUGGCACAUCCUGCUGUUGUGUCGCAACCCCAGCCUGCUUUACUUCAAUCAGCAUCAUUAGCUCCACGUCCUCCAACGGCGCUCAUUCCUCAGCCUCAGGCUCCUGUACUCCCCCUGCUCCAAACCAUGCAAGUGCUGCAGGUGAACCCAACCAGAGCUACACCUUCAGGUGUAACAGCACCACAGAACACUAACAACCCAAGUGUGGUCAUUCUUCAGCAAGCUAGUGCCUGCCCAGCCCAGUCAAUUGUAAGGGAGGAUAUGGCCAAUCAGGCACCAUGUCAGCACAUUGUCAUCAUCCAGGCUCCUAAUCAGGCUGCACCUGCUCCUCAGAAUCCACAGAUUAGCAUGGUGCCUGCUGCAGUACCUGCUGUGUCCACUCAGCUAUCCACAACCAGCAGCUCAGUCACUGCCACAGCUUUGCAGAGUGUUGGGGGAAAACAACUGGUGCACAUUCUCCCUCGUCCCGUUCAGCCCCAGGCAAAUCAUUCUCUUCAGGCCACCCAGGCAUCCUCUUCACUACCAGUUCCUCCAACCCCACAGACUAUCACUGUCAACGGCCAGGUAUUCGCCUUGCAGCCAAUGAAGACAUCUGACAAAGCCAGUUCCCAGGGCCAAAGUACCCUUCAGCUGGUCCAGCCCACCACAGCUGAGGAACCAAAUACUAAUGUUGCUCUUAACAGUUUAGGGGCUCUAAGCAGCCUCAACCAGAGCAUCUCACAAGGGAUUUCGCUUUCCAUUAACACCCAAAACAAUGGCAAUCCUCCAGCUACUUCUUGUUCAGUGGUUCAACAAAAGCAACAGCAGUUUCCUGCUCCAGCAUCAGCUCCUGGAACAACAAUUGCUAUACCUGCACAGCAGCUACAGACCCCUGGUUUGAACCCAGUCACACCUGGAUUGGAGGUGAAAACUUCUGGAAAGAGGCAAAAUGCAAAUUUGAAUACAAAGAGAGCUACUAGACGGACUAAACUUGCCAAGAAAAAAGACCUCAGUCAGCAACAGCCUGCUGCUGCUGCUGCUGCUGCUGCUGCUGCUGCUGUAUCCACCAAGGCCCCGGAAGCUGCAGAAGACAGUCCAAUAGUUCAACUUACAGUACCUCAAGUCACAGCCAUUCCAUCCACGUGUACCACCACUUUCACAACUACAGAAACCAAUAAUUCGAAACAAAAGGUAACAUCUACUCAGAACACACUUAAAAUGAUUGUGUGUAGUGAACCGCCUCAUCCACAGAGCAAAAGUUCCCUCAGUGCACCUCAGAGUGAUGGCAUCAGCCGUCACGCCAACACCGGUGGUUUAACGACUGCAGCUACAACUAUCAGCACUUCAUCUGUGAAGUCAACAGUUAGUGCAGCUGCGGCCUCUGGGAUUAAACCAGCUGUAGCUUCUGACAAUCCUUCAGCUGUAAGUAAACUCCUAGAUCCAGAAGUUCAACAGCCAGCCACCAGUGCAGAGACUGAUGUAACGCCAAGUAAGUCUUCUCCCAUCACUGCUGUUUCUACACAGAGCAGAUCUGUGGUCAGUUCUUCGUGUGCCACUGACCCUCAAUCUACAACAACCACUUCCACUGUUUCUACUGCAUGUCUGACUCCAGCCUGCCCCAGCAGCAUCUCAGCAGCUGCACCGCUUCAAUCUGCCGCUCAGCCAACUUCAGUAUUUCAUCCUGAGAGUUUGAAUGCCCGCAACGCUCUGCAGAGUGAUAGUGAGUCUCUUUCCACCACUGCAGCUUCUUUGUCUACAACCAAGACUGUCUCCACUCCUGUAACAGCUAUUCCUGCAGUUGCAGUUACAACAGCAAGUUCAGAAAUCAGGAAACGGGUCGGUACUUCUAAAUCUCUAGCUCAAGAGACUGACAUCAUGUCAAAGAUUCCCUUAAAUGGAGUUGACAUCAAAUCAUCCCAGCAUCCUAGAGGAGGAAGGGAGGCUCAAGACGAGAGACUUUCCACAACAGCAGAGAAAGACGUUUUGCUGGCAGCUGAUACAGCCAGUAGAAAGGACUUCUCGGUUUCUCAACAAGUAUAUACAAACCUUGACAAUCAAACUAUCGAGAACCCAGUGACGUCUAGCAGACACACAGAUUCCCCCAUGUCUACAGUGGCUGGGGGUGGCAGAGGGUUCUCUGUGGCGUCCAUGCUCCCCCAGGGUCACAGUAUUAGUUCCUCUUCCGGCUCCUUUGGAACAUUUACUUUUACAUCUGAGCAGGCAGAAAUGCUGGCCUUGGCCAUGCUAGAACAGGAAAGCCCUGAGAGGAGGAAUAGUGGCUGCUCUGGUGACAGCACUGCUUCAGCCAACCCCAACACAGCCACAUGGGAGCACCCUCAAACCCCACCAGUGUCAAGCAGUAAAGAAAGAGGCCCAGCAGGACAGCAGGUGAAAGUGACUAAGCCUUUGGACACGGGUAAACCCUCUGUCCAGGUGUCUGUAAGAGGUCAGGCUGGGGAGGGGUCUGUCAGUGGGCCCAGUGGAAGCAGGCAUCCACAGAACAUCUCGUAUUCUCAGUCUCAGACUCUCCCCCAGGUUCAGCCUCAGAGCUCAUCCCAGACUGGCACCGUGGCUAGCCUCAGUGUAAACAACCUGAUCAGGCCCAGCUCUAGUCAGCAGCCGUACACUGGCUCUCCCAGUUUGCCUGGUCACCAGCGAUCAGUUCCCUCACCUGUCGGGACCUCAACCCAUAUAUCCCAGCCGUCAAACAAUGCUCUGUCCCCCUGCUCAGGUGCCACCCAGCCAAAUGAGUAUACCCCCUUAAAGAAUGCAUUAUUGAGGGCUCAGGCUGGAGUUGGUGUGAGCGAGCGACAAGCGAAAAUCAUCUCUAAGCGACAGGCAACGGAGGAUGUGAUGCUGAACCCUGGAAAACGACCCAAGCCUUGCCCUCCAUCAGCUUCCACUGUUAGUCAUAUGGAUGUGAAGGCACCAGAUCACAGCCAGAUGAUGGUGGGACAGCUCCCACCCACCUCCUCUUCUUUCAUGUCCAGAAUUAAUUCAGAAGGUGGAGGUUCUCUCUUUGCAACAAAACCUUUUAUGAGUCCAGUGGUUCGAACCACAGAUGGCCACUGCCCACCUCAAGGACCCCCAGAGCAGAACCAGCCAGGGGUGCUCCAUAUGCCCCAGGGUCAUCCUCAGCAUGUGUUAUCCCAGUCCGGUCAGCACCUGGGAGGAAACCUUUACAUGAAGCAGCAGCAAGAGCAACAACGACACCAUCUGUAUCAUCAUUUGCAACACCACCUGACACACCCUGAUCCUGCACAACGCCACUCACUGCAUCAGAGGGCACUUCAGCAGCAGCAGCAACAAGAUCAGCAGCAGCAGCAGCAGCAUGUCCAGAAGAAGCGUGGACUUGUCCGAGGCAGUCAGACAGGUUCGCCUGCUGGUCUCCAACAAAAGCAGCAUCACUUGGAAAAGUCUGGCAUCCAACAGCAGCAGCACUCGCAUCAACAGCAGCAACCACAGCAUCAACAGCACACUCAGCAGCAGCAGCAGCAGUCCCAACAUCAGCAACAGUCACACCAACAAUCACAACAGCAUCAACAGGCAACGCAGCAUCAACAGUCUCAUUCUCAACAGCACCAACAGCAGCCGCAUCAGCAGCCGCAAGGGCAGCAUCAACAACACCCACAACAACAGCAGCAGCAGAGCUCCCACACCAGACACCAGCAGCACCUUCAGCAGAUCCAACAACAACAACAACAACAACAGCAACAGCAGCAGCAGCAGCAGCAGCACUUUAGACACCAGGACAAGAGCUGUGAAGCUGUGGCAGCAGGAUCCAGGGCCCUUCACAGCAACCACCUGGGUCAGCAGGAACACCUGAAGCCUGGUCAGGACCACAAUGCUAUGCAGAGGAUGAUGAGCUCUAGGACACUGGAGCAGCAGCUCAUCUCUCCUCCCACCAAUCCUGUGUCGCGGUCGACGGAUCUGGCCUGUGCCCCGUCGCGCCAAGAACGCCACCGUGUUUCUAACUACUCUGCAGAAGCUCUCAUCGGGAAAAGCCCCACAAGUGGAGACCAGCAGCAGCCGCAGCGCAUGGGUCUUCACCUUCAGCCCGGCCGCGGUGCUGCACAGGAGCACCACGACCUCCGUGGUUACAUGGACACGUCGCGAGGGAAGGCCAACAUAGCACACAACCCACAGAACCGUCUGCCUUCGGACCACGCAGGCUCUGCUGAUAUACAGCGAGUUUCAGAGUGCCCACCCUUCAAGGCAAUGGGGGGAGGGGGAGGAGGACAUCAGCUGGGCGGUUUUGACCCCCAGGUGUCCCGUGGGAGUGACAUGACACCCAAAUCAGUGCAACCAUCUCAAAGAGGACCUCAGGGGCAGCAGCAGGGAGGGUUCAGGAUGGGUGGGGUCCCUCCAGCGGAUGGCAGGAACCGCAGUGGCUACAGUGCAGCUCAUUCUGGCUCACAAGGAGGACAGGUUGGGCCACCGCUGACCAGAGAGCAGGAAGGAUGUCAUCAGAGUUUCAUGCAAGGUCUUAUCCCCCCCCACCUCUCUGAGCAGGGGAACCAUCAGCGAGCAGUGCAGUGCUGUCCCCCUGUGAGCAUGGAGUACACGUGUGUGCCCGGGAGCUCGACCGUUGACAUUCAGGCCAAGGCCUCCAGUCCCAGUGUGCCCCAGACGCAGAAGCCUCCAGCAAUGCGGCUUGGCGACAGCAACAAGGGCCACAUAUCUCAGGUCAGCAGUAGCAUGCACGGAGGCUCAGGGGUGCGCGGAGGCCUCCCACACCCUCCGUCCCCACACAGCAGCUCUGAUCCUGGACGCUCCUCCGCCCCCUCCAGGCCUCCCGCUGCUGUCAGCCAGCACUCCCGUCACCUUGCGCGGGAGAGCCAGGCCACCAAGCUGAGGCCGGGCGAUCGACCUCGGUCGGGUGCCCUGAGGCCAAGCAACCCGUUUGAGCCGGACGGCCACCUGCCUCUGCCCUCUGGAGGAGGGGUGCUGCUGGGCCGGCCCCAGUCUGGAGGAGAGGCGCGCCGCAGCACCAUCGUUCGCUUCAUGGCCGAAGGCGCACAGGUUCCUAGUGAAAACAACCUGGUCCCUGACCAACACAUAGCGCAGAACUUUGGCUUCCCCUUUAUUCCAGAGGGAGGGAUGAAUCCUCCACCGCCCAUCAACGCUAACUCCACAUUCAUCCCCCCAGUCAGCCAGCCUAACACCUCCCGUACACCCUCUCUCCUGCCUGUGGAGCCCCAGAACACUUUGCCCUCCUUUUAUCCUUCAUAUUCUCCAGCAGCCCAUCCGAGUCUUCCUAGUGACGUCACUCUUCAGUACUUUCCCAACCAAAUGUUUACUAGCCCAAGUGCCGACAAGAGCAGCGCUCCUCCGCUUAACAACCGCUUCGGGUCCAUCCUUUCCCCACCUCGCCCUGUUGGUUUUGGCCAGGCCAGCUUCCCCUUGCUCCCAGAAAUGCCCCCGAUGCCCAUUGCGAACUCGUCCGGCAUCACCCCUCACAUCUCCAACUUCAGCCUCACCUCUCUCUUCCCUGAGAUCGCCACAGGCAUGCCCACGGACGGCUCAGCCAUGCCCAUGUCUCCCCUGCUCUCGCUCUCCAACACCUCGUCUGCUGACUCGGGCAAGCAGCCCAAUCGUCCUGCCCACAACAUCAGCCACAUUCUGGGCCACGACGGCAGCUCUGCCGUUUGAGGAGGGCUACUGCUCAAUUUGAUUAGCUAGCGGUUUUGAGAGAAGUUUAAUUUAUUUAAUUUUUUUUUAUUUUUAUGCUCAGAUAGUGGUGGUAAAGCAGCUGAGGAGCAGUUUCUAGGCUGAUAACGCCACAGUCAUCUGAAAGUUUACAUGUUUUUACAGUUUCAGUUUCAGAAAUGCUUAUGCCCUUUGGCAUAUGUACUAUGUCUUACUUAUUUGUAAUAUUUAAAAGAUUUUACUGUAAGCAGAUAUAAUCUUGUUGAAGUCAACUGGUAGUAAAACUAAAUCAAAUUUACGUUUAGAACUUGAAUUCAGUGUAUUCUGGAUUGAUGAGAACGCUGCACAGUUACCUACCAAUGUACAGUAAUUUACUAACUUAUAUCUGGUUCUUCUGUACAGAAUCUGUUUUCAAGAGCUAUUUUGUAAAUACCAAUGUUUCAUAUCAGAAUUGAUUAUGUAUUUGUAAAUACAAAGUUGAUUAAAGUUUAUAAGGAGACCUUUG